AUAUUAGGUGUGUAGAAUGUGUAUAAAUGGAGAAACGACUAAAUGGGAUUUGGUUCGGUUUGCACAAGCUGCGAGUGAAAGUUGUUGAAGAUAGGCAGAAGAGAUUCUUUGCCAAUCAAAGAAAAACAAGAGUUGCAGUUGCAAGGAGGAAGGAGGAAGGACAACUUGGUUCGGCCAUAGCAAUCUUAUGCCCAAGUUGUUGCAGGAAAGAAUCAAAGUUCCGAAAGGCCAUUUGUGGGAGGUCGGCAGGACAAAGCUUUGGCUGGUGCAGUGGGGGGAAUAAGUGGUUAGAUGGAAGUAUGGUGGCUGAGGUGAGAUCAUUGGCGUUGAUAACAGUAAUUCAAGCAAGGUUGGAUGUUGAUGGGGGGUGCAUUACUCUAUCACCUUUAGGAGUUUCAGUUGGGGAAGUGAUAGUAGUUUAUGAUGAUACAAAGACAAAAGCCAUUUUGUGUGAUGGUGAUCAAAAAAGUACAUCGGAAGCUGAAUUGGAAUAUUCAUCAUCACUAAAUAUGGACGAGGAUCUUGAAUUGAUGAAUUAUGAGAUUCAGGGGGCAGAUGCUGGUACUAUGAAUAAGGAAGUGCUAAAGGAGGCAAUGGGUGAUGAUGUUGGGCCAAAUAAGGAGAGAAUUGGAGGGGUUGAUGAGGUUGGGCCAAAUAAGGAAAGAAUUGGGCCACGUAGGGGUGAGUUCAAUGGGCUUAAAGAUGAUGUAAGAGCGGAUGAGGUUUGGACAAAUGGACAGGGUAAUGAGAAGGGGAUUCGGGUAGGCCAAUGUAGUAAGAGAGAAAGGGUCAAUGCGGCAAAUACCAAGGAGAUAAGGCCAGAUUGUGAGUUGGGGAGUUCUGUUUUGCUUGGUAGAAAGCAACGAGAUCUUGAAGACUAUUGCUUACAGAAUUGGCUAAAAAUUGAGGAGGUGAGCACCCAGUGGGUCACAGGUAGAUCGAAACAAAGAGAAGGGCGUAGAAAGAAGGCACAGCAAGCUGCAGAGGAAAGAGUCGUGCGUGCAGGAAGUGGGUCUUUCUUGGACCGAUGUAUCACACAUCGAAACCAAGUAAUUCAAAGGGAGAUGAAUCUAAAUGAGGUUAAGAAGAUGCUUAGUGUUGGGAAGAGUGUGAGAGGGUUAGGAGGUAUGGUUAAAAGGAAGGAAAUGGAUAGAUUGAUAAGAAUUGAAAAACCAGGUUUUCUUUUCUUACAGCAGACUAAAUUGGAGAAGGUGGAUGAUAGGUUAUGCCGCUCAAUGUGGAACUCAGAUGGGUGUGAUUGGAUAAUGAAGGAAUCGAAAAGUGCAUCAAGGGGUUUGCUCUGUGUUUGGGAUAAAAUGAAAUUUGUUAAAAAGGGGGAGUUCACAAGUGACAGAGUUGCUAAUGGAAGGAAGGCUCAAAAUAGUAUUACAGGCAUUUUCUAUGAUGGUAUGUGGGUGGAGGAACCAGAGGUGGAGUUUUAUCAGCAUGGAAGUCAUAAAUUGUUGGCUAAGGUGUUGGCUAACAGAUUAAAGACUGUUAUGUCAAAUAUUAUUAGUGAUACUCAAUCUUCAUUUCUGGGGGAAUGCCAACUAGUUGAUAGUGUGUUAACAUUGAAUGAAGUUGUUGAUGAGGCUAGGAGGAGGAAGCAACAGGCUUUUGUUUUAAAAGCAGAUGUUGAGAAGGCUUAUGAUUAUGUUGAUUGGUCUUUUUCGAAUUGGAUGAUGGAUAAGUUUGGUUUUGGGAGUCAGUGGAGAGGAUGGAUCAAGGAGUGUCUCUUUACAGUGAGAGUUUCAAUUCUUGUAAAUGGAAGCCCGACAGUGGAGUUUCAGAUGGAAAAGGGAUUAAGCAUACAAAGGGAUUUUCUAUGGGGUGGGGCUGAGUUAAAGAGGAAGAUUCCUUGGGUAAAGUGGGAGUACGUGUGUUACAGUAAGGAGAAAGGUGGGUUGGGGGUGUCAGAUUUGAGUAUAAGGAAUUGGGCAUUAUUAGGAAAGUGGUGGUACAGAUUUGGUGAGAGUUUGGAGCAUUUAUGGAAAAAGGUGAUAAGAGAAAAAUAUUAUAAGGGUAGACAGGAGGUAGCUAUCACUGCAGUGGAGGAUUGGAAGGUGUCUAGAGUAUGGGGGGAUGUCAUGCGGAUAAGAGGAAUUUUUGUGCAGUUAAGAGAGAUGUUGGCAAAGGGGUUUAGAUGGGGGGUCGGUGAUGAGAUGGGGGAGAGCAUGGUUGGUAAGAUGGGGUUUUGGGAAGGGGAUAAGUGGUGUUGGCGAUUAGAAUGGAGAAAAGGUAAAAUGGGACGAGAGAGGGAUGGGGAGAAGUUGCUGUGGGAGGUGUUGGGUAAAGUGCGACUAAAGCAACAAAAGGAAGACUGUUGGAAGUGGGCGCAUGAUCCUAAAGGAAGGCAUGUUGUGAAGAUGGCCUAUGAGUUUUUAGCUCCUAGGGAGGGUGUUCUUCAGGGUCAGUUAUGUAAGUUGGUUUGGUGCAAAUUAGUGCCUUCAAAGGUGGCUUUCUUUGGGUGGAGACUAUGUCUUGAUCGACUUCCAACUAAGUUGAAUUUAGAAAAAAAGAGGGGUGAAUCUACAUGGGGAAAGAUUACUGUGUAGUUUGUGCAGUGAGAGGGUGGAGGAAGUAGACCAUUUAUUUUGUACAUGUAAGGAAGCUUGGUUAGUUUGGGCAAAGGUGUUACAUUGGUGGGCUAUAGGAGCUGUGUUGUCGAAUUUAGUGGAGGGUGUUGCGGAAUUUUUCAGUAUAGUGUGGGUAGGAUAGUAAGGAAGGAGAUGAGUUUGUGCAUUUUCCUUAUUGUCUCUUGAUAUUUGUGGUUUUGGAGGAAUGCUUGUGUGUUUGAAAAUAAUGGGAGUUAUAGGGAGAGAAUGUUGGAUAUGGUACAGGUUAAGUUGUUUACUUGGGUUAAGAAUAAGUUAUCUGGUUGUGUUUUUUCAUUCUAUGAUUGGAAAAUAGAUCCAAUGGGUUGUGCUUUGGCGGUCAAAAGGCAUAAAAUUCAAUUGAAGUUGUAUUUGAAGCAGCAACAAGACCAUGUCUUAUGUGUAUAUUGGAGGCUUGUUUAUGUGAUGGUUGCUAGAUUUGUGCAGUUACAUUGAUGAUUGUUUCUCAAUUUCUAUUGUGCUUGUUGCAAUCCUUUUUAAUUUUGUAAAUAAGUUGGAGUACCCCUUGUACUUCAUAUAAUAAAAUUUUCAUUUUGCC